CUCGUCACUCCCACAAGGCGGCUACGUGCCGCGUCACUGCGAGAUCAGACUUGUGACGUCGGGAUUAGCUGUCAGGCAGGAGCUAAGGAGCUGGACAUUAAUGGCGUUGCGGGACGUUUAAGCAGUGAUCCGGGACUGCGGGCUGGGUUAAAAAAAAAUCGGUACUGUCCUGCAAAAAGCGGGACUGUUUGGCGCUAUGGAUUUACGUGCUGUUUUCCUAUAGCUUCUUUUAUGUAAUUAGCAGACGUUUUGUUCAUAUUUUAGACUUUUUCUCCUCACUCUUUGAAUUAGAAUUUCUUGCUCUCAGUAGGGCUCCCAGCCCUCGCCCGUAUGAGGUACCAUGUCAAAGACUCUGAAAAAGAAGAAGCAUUGGCUGAGUAAAGUUCAGGAAUGUGGGUUAUCUGGGGUAGGUGGGGACCCAUGCUCUCUUCUUGAGAUCCGAGGUGGUGCAGAACAUGGGGAGUUUCCUUAUUUGGGUCGCCAAAGAGAGGAUGUUGCCAGCUUUAUUGUGGGAAAAGUGCCCAGCCAAGGGGAUGUAUUGUUGGAGGUGAAUGGAACGCCGGUUAGUGGGCUUACACACCGGGACACUUUGGCCGUGAUCAGGCACUUCAGAGAACCUAUUCGUCUGAAAACAGUCAAGCCUGGUAAAGUCAUCAAUAAAGAUCUACGACAUUACCUAAGUUUGCAGUUUCAGAAGGGAUCCAUUGACCACAAGCUCCAACAAGUGAUUAGAGACAACUUAUAUUUGAGAACAAUACCCUGUACCACAAGGUCCCCGCGAGAUGGUGAAGUUCCUGGAGUAGAUUAUAAUUUUAUUUCCGUUGAACAGUUUAAGGCUUUAGAGGACAGCGGAGUGUUGCUGGAAAGUGGAACAUAUGAUGGUAAUUUCUAUGGAACCCCUAAACCACCUGCAGAACCAAAUCCUUUCCAGGCAGACCCUGUGGAUCAGGUCUUAUUUGAUGGUGAAUUUGACACAGAAACCCAGAGAAAAAGGACUACAUCAGUCAGCAAAAUGCAGCGCACAGACUCUUCUCUCCCAGAAGAAGAAGAUGAAGAGGAAAGAGAGGCAGUAAAUGGCAGUAGUGGAAGCACAGACCAUAGAGACAGACAGGAACCAUCAGAAUGGGGAAAGACUGUUCCGAGCUACAACCAAACUAAUAGCUCUAUGGAUUUCAGGAACUACCUAACUCGGGAUGAAAACCUGGAGCCCCUUCCAAAGAACUGGGAAAUGGCUUACACUGAAGCAGGAAUGAUCUAUUUUAUAGAUCACAAUACAAAAACAACCACGUGGCUAGAUCCUCGACUGUGUAAGAAAGCUAAAGCCCCAGAAGACUGUGAGGAUGGAGAACUUCCCUAUGGCUGGGAGAAGAUAGAAGACCCACAAUAUGGAACCUACUAUGUUGACCACAUAAACCAGAAAACACAAUUUGACAACCCAGUGCUAGAAGCUAAGCGUAAAAAACAGCUGAAUCCUGCUCCUUCUGAGGGAACCGUACAUCAAGAGCCUGAAAACUCUCAGUUUACCAGGGAUCCGUCUCAGCUUAAGGGUGCACUUCUGCAUACAUCCUUAAAGAAAAGUGCUAUGGGUUUUGGUUUUACUAUCAUUGGAGGGGACAGACCAGACGAGUUCUUGCAGGUUAAGAAUGUCCUAAAAGAUGGACCUGCUGCCCAGGAUGGAAAAAUAGCACCAGGUGAUGUGAUUGUAGACAUUAAUGGAACCUGUGUUCUUGGACAUACACAUGCUGAAGUUGUUCAGAUGUUUCAACUUAUUCCAAUCAACCAGUAUGUGAAUAUGACACUCUGUCGGGGCUAUCCUCUACCUGAAGAUAGUGACGAUCCAGUAGCAGACAUUGUUAAUACAGUUCCACCAAUAAUUAAUGGGCAAAUGCUUACUCAAGGAGACAUCAAUAUGGGAAGCCAAGAAUUGAAAUCUGGUGUAAUUGAUCUGGAUCAGAGGGGAAAACCAGGUCUUAUGGUUGUAAAUGGAAGACUUAAUGGACCCUCCCUAGAUAUACAAGAUCAAAGGACAUCUAUGGCAUCUUCUGGGAACUCUCUGCCUGAACUUGUGACCAUUCCUUUACUUAAAGGUCCGAAAGGUUUUGGGUUUGCCAUAGCUGACAGUCCAAUGGGGCAGAAGGUUAAAAUGAUCUUAGACAGUCAGUGGUGCCCAGGUCUGCAAAAAGGAGAUGUAAUCAAAGAAAUCUGCCAUCAAAAUGUUCAAAACUUAACUCACAUCCAGGUAGUCGAAGUCUUAAAGCAGUUCCCAGUUGGAGCAGAAGUACCACUACUCAUCUUAAGAGGAGGUCCUCCGUCUCCAUCCAAAGUAACAAAAGUGAAAUCUGAUAAACAGGAACUUAUGGGUAGUAUUGAGGCUAUAGCCCCAGGUGAACCUCUGCCGCAGCCUUUGCCUUUCCCCCCAAAUCUUGCUCGUUCCUGCUCUCCCAAACUUGACCCUUCAGAAGUUUACAAGAAGUCAAAGAACAUUUUUGAGGAUAAACCCCCCAAUACUAAAGACCUGGAUGUAUUCCUAAGAAAGCAAGAGUCUGGGUUUGGAUUUAGGGUCCUCGGUGGAGAUGGUCCAGACCAGGCGAUUUACAUUGGAGCCAUCAUUCCGCUAGGAGCAGCAGAGAAAGAUGGACGUCUACGUGCUGCAGAUGAGUUAAUCUGUAUUGACGGAGUUCCAGUAAAAGGAAAGUCUCACAAACAGGUCCUGGAUCUAAUGACCAAUGCAGCUCGAAAUGGACACGUGCUGCUUACUGUGCGGCGGCAGAUCUACUACACAGAUAAGCAGCAAGAAGAGGAGGAACUCCAACACACUCCUCCUGCACACAAUGGCUCACCAAGGCUAAAUCGUAUUGAGGUUUCUGCAAUCCCCAAACUGCCCGCAGAAGCCUAUGAUGUUAUUUUACAGCGCAAGGAUAACGAAGGCUUUGGGUUUGUCAUCUUGACCUCCAAAAACAAGCCACCUCCUGGAGUUAUCCCUCACAAGAUUGGCCGUGUGAUUGAAGGUAGCCCUGCUGAUCGAUGUAGGAAGCUGAAGGUGGGCGACAGGAUCUCUGCAGUAAAUGGACAGUCCAUUGUAGAACUGUCGCAUGAUAAUAUUGUGCAGCUAAUAAAAGAUGCUGGAAAUACAGUCACCCUCACAGUGAUUGCUGAAGAAGAACAUAGAGGCCCUCCAUCUGGUUCAAACUCUGCAAGACAGAGUCCAGCACCACAGCACCGACCUAUGGGCCAGACUCAGCCUACUUACGGAACAUUGGACAGGUAUUCAUGGUCUGAUCAUAAAGCUGACUGUGGACCCGCAUUGCCUGCUGGAAGUUGGCAAGCCCAAAGUGUUGGUUGCUACCCUGUAGAACUGGAAAGAGGUCCUAGAGGCUUUGGAUUUAGCCUCCGUGGAGGAAAAGAGUAUAACAUGGGUCUUUUUAUCCUACGUCUAGCAGAAGAUGGCCCAGCCAUAAAAGAUGGGCGUAUCCACGUUGGAGACCAGAUUGUUGAAAUCAAUAAUGAGCCAACACAAGGCAUCACUCAUACUCGGGCUAUUGAGUUAAUCCAAGCUGGGGGAAGCAAAGUUCUCCUUCUUCUGAGACCAGGAACAGGGCUAAUCCCAGACUACAAUGAAUUGGAUAGUGCACAUCCUUCAUCUACAAGUGUAGUAUUUGAAGACCUCACAACAUUUUCAUCAACCUCGUUCACAACUCCUGUUCCUGGAGUUUCUUGUUUAAAAAAUUAUGAUGAGGGUUUCGUAGAAGUUCCGGAAAAAGAUAUUGUGCCAAAAGACAACAUACAAAAAAGCAGGAAUGUAACCUCAUUGCCCAGUUUUAGCACCCAAGACCAAGAGAUGGAAUCCUUUCAGCAGGACAACCCUGUCUCUGAUUUUCUCAACAAUAGUAAAACUAAAGAUGCAUCUGUAAGCCCUCGAAACACCAUCAGUAUGAAUCAACUAGAAGCUGCAAAGGAAAAUGGCAAAAGGAGAGGUCGGUCUGUAAGUCCAAAGAAAUCUAUCAAUAAAAACUCCAGUUCACAUCUUGAUGGACUCCAAGAGCAUAGAGAGUAUGUCUCAAAAGAAAUUAGAGAUAGGUCUACAAGUCCAAGGAAGGUACAUACUAAAACUACUGAAGGUGUUGCUGAUAAAGUAACACUUUCUAAUGACCAGACAAGAGGAUACAGAGGGAGAUCCACCAGUCCAAAAAAGCCUUACAAAAAUGAGGGAGUAGCGAAAGAAAGCACCAGAGAGCAAAAAUCCCAGUCCAGAUCCCAUAGGUCUUCUACAAAACCAGAAAAUCAAGACCAGGUCAGGGAAAUUAAGGAUAAGCAUGAAAAAUCAAAAAGAGGAGAUAGGGGAGAGAAGCAAAAUAAUGACGAAAAGCAUGAGAGAUCUGGAAAAGAAGAAAGAAAUGAGAAAACCAAAAAGGAAGAAAGAAUUGAGAAAAACAAAAUGGAAGAAAGAAGUGAGAAAAACAAAAGAGAAGAAAGAAGUGACAAAAAGAAAGAAGAAAAGGUUGCCAAAUCCAGUAAAGAAGCAGUUGAUGAAAAAAAGGUAAAUGAAAAAUAUGAUAAAUGCAUGAAAGAAGAGAGAGAUGCAAAAUCCAGAAAAGAGGGGACUGAAGAUAAAUCCAAGAGAGGUCAGAGGUUAGAUAAAUCUAAAAGAGAUGAGAGGGCUGAAAAGUCCAGAAGAGAAGAAAGGGAUGAGAAAUCUAGAAGAGAUGAAAAGAAUGUAAUUCAGUAUGAGAAGAAAACAGAUGAAAAAACUGAGAAAUUAAAAACAUCAAAUUCCAAGGAUACAGAUGAAAAAAGCUCUCCACAGCAGAAAAGCAAGAAGGAAGAAAAAACAACAGUUUUGCAAAAAAGUGUUAGUGACCGUGAACAGAAAAGACAUGAGACUGAGCCUUCCAAAAAGCAAACUCAAGGCAUAAUCCAAAAAUCUGGCAAAGAAGCAGAAAUGGCCCAGUGCAGGGAUUCAAUUGUGUCGCACAAUGAACCACACAAGAAAACUACAGCUGAAAAUACAGAGAAAACCAAAGAUGAAGGUGUGUCAAAGACAGGGCUUAAAAAGUCACAUAUUGCUCCUGGACCAUGGAAAGUGCCCACUGCAGACAAAGUCACUGAUGCUGCCACUUUAAAUAUAUAACUGUUAGGUGCAUAUAUAUUGGCCAAUUCAGCUGAGCCUGAGACUAUAAAUGUUUCUGCAUGAAGAAUGGUUGGGAUUUUAUUGCAGUGAAUAGUCUUCCUGAAGAUUACGAUACACGUGAAUUUGUGGCCUUGUCCUGCUGCACUUCUACUUUUGUGCUGCUAAAAUGAAGACAAAUUGGUCAGACGGUUCUGCGAUGCUGAAAUUAUUUCUUUAACAUUGUUGAUGUGGUAAUAACAUGCCCACAUUGCAUCUUAUUACUAUGCCAUGUGAUCUAUCUGCUCUUUAUCCUCAAACUAAUCAGCUUUUAAAAUUGUUCCUUACUUAAGUCAAAAUCCAUGGUUUUAUGAAAUAUUGGAUUAGCAUGUUGCAUGUUUACAUACAGAAAUGAAUAGGCUUGUGCCAGUCAAGGCAAAAAAGAGCACUAACAGAAAAUGCCCAUUAACGCUAGUAAAAUCUGACAUUUUUUUCUAUGUAUAUUUUACAUUCUGUAAAAUAUGGUUUGUAUUCCAUGACAGAAACUUUAAGCAUAUGACAUAUUUCAUACAACCAUAAAAGUUAUACUGCUGGAUUGGUGUAGACCACAUUCUCUACCAAGUAGUUAUCUUGUAGUAAUGACUGUAUUAAUGUAUGUCAUUUUUUCUGGAGAGGAAUUCUUUAUGCAGUAAAAUUAGCAUCUUGCUUAUCAGAUAUUUAAUUUAAUGACUUCACAUAAUUUAAUUCUACUUCUUUGAGAACUAUAAACAUGCUUUAGAAAGGAAAAUAUUUCUGUAUGCGCAAAAUUUGAUCUUUGAAGCCAAGUAAUGACUCUUCAGUUGCAUGCACUGGUCAGGACAGUACAUUCUUGCUUUUCAUUAUGUGUAAGUUCUGCAUCAAAACAAUCUAAUACUUCUAGGCUGCCAUAAAUUGGGAUUCUUUUUCCUUCAUGGAUCAGUAAGCAAACGUCACUGUAUUCAUAUUGUAAUCUCCCAGUACAUUUAUGUUAUAGGAUUUAGGAGUUUCUGAAGUCACUCGCUAUUAUGGUUUUUUUAAAAACAAUUUUAAAAAUGAGACACCCCUUCAGAAAAAGGUUGCAGAGUAGGAUUAAAAGGUAUGUUAAGUUUAAGUAUGAUGAAGGCACUGAUAUUCUGAGAUAAUUUUAAGUAUUUUUACAUUUUGUGGCUGAAAUUUAAAAUAUCUGUUUCCAUGGGUCAGUGUUAACAGUUUUAUUCUAAAGCAAGAUGUAUUUAUUUUAUUUUUUUGGUUACUUCUUUUUCUUUUAAGGCCCUAUCCCGUCUGUUAUUUUAACCACUUAACCAGAUAACAUUUUACAUUUCAAAGAGCAGAACUGCAAAACAAUAUGUUCACCAAAGCAAAAUCUACAAAAAAAAAAUGAGGACCCAUUGUAGAUUGACUUAAAAUGUCAGUCUAAGAUGAUGAAGAGAUGACUUACUUUACACCUGAAAAUAAUAUGUACAUUUAGUGGCUGAACUUGAAUUUUUUUUCUCAACGUACCUGGGACGUACUGCUUUUUGAAGAUAAACACUAAGUCAUUUAUCAACAUUCAAAUUCAGGUUUUUAUCACAAUUCAAGUUUUUUUUGCAGAAAAAUCAAAUCACAAAUUUGAAUUCAAGUUUCUAAUUUUUGAGCAAAACAUUCUUUAAAGUCUGUAUCUAAAAGCUGGCGAGUUCAUGAAGAACUCAAAGGGAAAUGUAUGUGCAAAUUAUGUGCAAGUUCAAUUUUUUAAUUACAGUUUUCAAGAUUAAUAUGAAAUUUGGCAGACUCAUUUAAAAUGAUAGGUAGAAUCUGAUUCAUCUGUUUUGCAUGCUUUGCAUGAUCAAGCUUUUGAAAUUUGAGUUUUUAAAUAAAAAAGUAUAUAUUCAAGAUUUUUGAGUUUUUUCAAAUUUGAAGUCACAAACAAAUUAUUAGGGUUGAGGAGACUCAUACAGAUGCAAAUAAACAAAAGGAAUUCUGGGCACUAAUCCCACAAGAAAAUGUCAGUGGGUGAGCUUUAGCCUAUAGGCUAAUGCCAUGUAAACUGGAUUUUCUUGGAGCUCUUUGGGAUUAGUUCCCAGAAUUCCUUUUAUUUGCAUCUGUAUGAGGCAGUCUCCUCAACCUUAAUAAUUUGUUUGUGAAUACACACUCUUGGCUCUACCUGAGAUGAUCAGAAAACCCUGCACUAAACUGAUGAGCCCCAAGAAGGGCAAAACUGGUCUGUAGUUGGGAAUCUGAUCAACUGCUAUCCCGGCUUCUGCUUUAAAAAACCCAGUGGGUGAACUUUAGCUUAGGAUAAACCCAUGUAAAUGGGAUUUUCUUGGAGCUCUUUGUGAUUAGUUCCCAGAAUUUCUUUUGUUUAUUCAAAUUAGAAAAAAAAUCAAAAAUAUUUGAUAAAUCUGCCCCAUUGCUCUAAAACACCCCACCAAAUCAAUAAUCCCCCAACUUUAACAAAUAUUGUGCUACAUUUUAAUGCAAGCUAAUAGUGGUUACUGAUUUAGAAAAUUUCUGUGCGCUGGACCAAAUUGUUUGAGCACUGAAAAGAGUUCCUUAAUCUGACAGGAUCAUUACAGGAUUGUUACUGCUCGGUAAAAUAAAUGAGUAAAACAGUCUUGAAUAAAUCAGGCCCUAACUUUUGUUAAUAUCAUGCAUCCAAUGGAAACAGUAUUAAACCAUAUGUGCCUAUAGUCAAAGUAGAACAGCUGUUAAUGAAUAUGUUUGCAUUGUAUGAUUUAAUACUGUUAAAGCAGUUCAUAUGUUUUACAUACAUAUAUGAUUUAUUAGAGGUGUGGUAUUGUAUGAAUACUUUGAGGUAUAGUUUUAUGGUUAUUUAAUAUAGUUGUCUAUACAAAACAACCUCAACAUAUUCUGUGUGUCAAAGUGAUGAAAGUCCUUCUGCUUACAGAUGAAAUAUUCUUUUUUUUCUUCAUUUGCAAAAUGAGCCAUUGUGCAAUUACAGUCUUGUAAUUUGUAAGCAGAAAAUGUAAUUUAAAGUGAAACUAGCAAGAUGGUUUAAUGUUUCUCCUAUUUAUGGCUAUAUACCUCUCCUUUUCUGUAAUUGUGAAUGUUGGUUUGCUGUGAUUUACCUCUUUGCUGCAAGAGGCGCCUGUGACACAUUUUGUGUUAUGCACACCCUCUCCUACUAAACAGGUUAGCCAUCUAUUUACUGUGAUUGAAUCUAUUCUAUUAACAUACUGUGAUGCCAUUUAAUAAUGCCUGUCAAAUCUAUGUCUAAAUUCUCUCAUGGGGCUGGGAUUUCCAAAAUCUUAUUUAAAAGAGUUGCCUUGACACAUAAAUGGAAUCAAGAAAAGAUUUACUGGUUGUAAAUGUUUAUAUAAUGUACAGCACCUAUAAAUAUAUACAUAUAUCUUUCCAAAGUAUAGAAUAGAUCUGUAAAGCAGUUAUUAUUUUUUAUAUAGAUAUAUAUAUAUAUAUAUGAACAAUCCAGACAAUGGCCUUCAGUUCUUGCACUGUAAAAAAACUGUAUAAUUUUGUUUUAUUUUCCAAUAACGCAUUGUAUAUUAUACGUGUUAAGUAAACGCAUCCUCCAGAAUUAAUAACUAUUUUGCAUUAAAAUGAUCACACUUUA